AUGCCACCGUGCUUUGGCGCUCAAUUAAAACGGAACCAAAGUCAAAAGUCACCGAAGACCACUGCAGCCCAGCGUAGCCCAUGUAGUCGAUAUAGUCCUAGCUGCGAUGGAUUAACACAUCUCCCGGGGCAGCGGCGACAACCCUCGUGGCAGGCUCUGGCGGGAGGCUGGCCUGUCAUAUAA